AUGGACUCAAGUUUGAAAGAUGAACACAAGGAGUGGCAUCCUGAGCGAAAAAUUCAGGUGCAAGAAGACAAGAGCACAGUAACGGCAUCAAGGACGACUCAGACCACUGCGAAACGCCCAUCGCGCGACAUCAAGCAAGCGGUUGACGAGAAGCUCGUUCAGCCUCCGGCCUAUGCGCCACCAUCACAUCCACCACCUCAAAGGGCCACCAGCCGGGUAACAGCCAAACGUCCCCAUACCAACCCGGUCAUUGAGGCUGGCAGAGUUCGUGCGAGAGAUGAGCAACAAAUGCAGAAUGCUCUGCAAAAGCUUCAGUUCCAAUACCAAAUAUACAACAGCGAAAUCGAACCCGAGCAUGAGGCAGACUACUAUUGUGGCUGUCCCAUCCACAUCUAUCAGAGGAUGAAAUGGAGUCGCUACGGAGUGCAGGACAUGUGGUCAAAGGCAGUCAUGUAUCCUGGCGAGAAGGCCUACAACGACAACCCUCAGAGCCUGACUGGACUGAGCAGGAACCCAUACAGAAUCCGCGUCGUGUCGCCAUAUGGCUACGCAAACUCCACCUGGGGAAUGCAGAGACCUCGGCCAAAAUACCACGCCAUGUCCAUCCACCAGACGAUUGACCUCAACAAUCGCCUAAAUGCGGAAGCUCAAGCCAGGAUCAAUGCGCUGGAACCAGCGGUCGACAUCUGGAACGACGCCGCACUAGAAGCCGCAAUUGGACUGCCAGAAAAGGAGGGCCCUUCCUCUACAGAUGGAAGCGCGGCAAGGCCAGCCAAGCCCUCGAGGCUUUCAAGUUUCCGACAGGCCAUCGGCAUCAAAUCUUCAAAGGAGAGGGCAACGGCAAAGGCGGAGCAGAUGGUGGAUCAAGGCCGUAGUCUGCGCGAAACAAUUCUGGCGGAAGAGGAUGGCAGGUGGCCUGAUGAGCAGUGGCGGCAUAUCGUGGCCGUAUACCAAGAAAAGGUGGGCAUGACUGGAAAAAUCGCUUAUCUUCGAGCUCGCCAGCCCAUCCAAUAUCUUCAUCUGCUCAGGGCUGGAUACUUUGAGCCUAUUCCGGUGGCCUGGGCGAAUCAAGCUUCCAAUCCGCUCAAGUUCAGUAUCGAGGCAGCGGCAGGAUGGAGAGGACUGACCCCUUCAUGGCGAGGAUACGAAGAUACGGCCGAGGAACGACUCUACUGGGUCUUGAACCACAGAGAAGGCAGUGUCGGAGCCAGAAUGAAGCCAGACUUCAUCUCCGAAAUGAACAUGGCACGAGCCAGAAUGGCCACUGCCGUCGAACCUCCACCCGAGUACUACUCGGCCACCGACACCUGUCAUGUUCAACAUACCUCUGCUGGCUACUCCAAGCAAGUCAUGCCAAAACCGUUCAUCGCUUAUGAUCGACCCGAAGUGCCCACAGACGACACGAUGAUCCUCUUGGAUGUCUCGGGAUCAAUGGGCUUCGAUCCGGUUCGACCAAGAUAUGACCAGUAUCUUAUCACCGGCUACACCAAAUCCACGCAGCCAAAGAACAAAGAUGUUGCCAAAGCCAUCAUCCGACGCUUCACGGAUGCCAUGGCCAACCAUGAUCACCAGUUCCGUGGCUACGAUCUGACCACCUUCUCCGACUCUGCCGAAUACAUUGGCACCAUCAACCACCAGAACCUCGAUAGGAUGUGGCGCAAGGUCAGAAUCGGAGGCGGCACGCGCGUCAUGACAGGCUGGCAAAAGGUCAAGGAGCUGCACUUCCAGAAGCACUCCGAGUCUGCCACGCACCACCCAGUGUAUGGAUGGCAGGCUGGACCGGAGACGCCCAUGCUCCGCCUGCUUCUGCUGCUCGACGGUGAAGCCACGGAUAUGGACGAGUUCGAGCUGGAUCUGCUGGGUCUUUCGUGGGCCCACGUCACCAUCUUCCUCAUCGGCGUGGACGGAUGCCCGCAUCACCAUCGCCACGCCAAUGAAUUGCAACGCAUCAGUGAUGUGAAUCACCACGUGUCAUUUGUCGAUGCACAGGGCAAUACACCAGAGCGAUUUGUGACCCAUGAGCUGCUCAAGAGGCAUUUGGGCUAUGAGAUUUCCAUGACCGAGUUUGAGCAGAUGGAGGAGCUGCCACAGUACACAGCAUGA